UAGAAAGAGAAACUAAUUUGUAAUUUAUACAUAAUCAAACGAAGAUUGUAAUUUCCAUACCCAACUCAAAAUCAAUCUAAAACCCAUCACUAUCAUCUCCCAAUGGCAUUGAUCUCCCCCGACCCAUCAACAGACCACGCCCCCGUCGACUUCCGCGCCCCGCCGCCUUCCCCGGUCGCCUCCGGCCGCCGCUCCUCUGUCACAAACGAAGACGUCCUGUCCAAUUUCCUCCAACACUCUCUCCCCGUCCCAAACCUCACUUUGCCCGAUAAAGUCUUCCCCCGCCAAAAAUCCAUCCAAAACCCUCCGAGAAUCGACUUUCGCAACCUCGACGAUGCCGUUCAAGAAAUCCUCGGAUCUAUCUCCGGAAGCGGGUGUUUUCAGCUCGUGAAUCACGAGAUCAGGGGAGAAGUUGUCCGGUCGGUUUUGACGGCCGGAGCCGGGGUUUUCGGGUUGUCGCCAGAGGAGAAGGCGGCGGUGGUGAGGUCGCCGGAGAAGGUAUAUGGGUUUGAGGAGUUUCGUGGGGAGGAUGAGAGAGAGAUGGGGGAAGAGUUUGUUUGGUGUAGAGAUGAAGGGUUGGAGUUGGAAAUGGAGGGAGUUUGGCCAACUGGAUAUUCAAAUUUCAGUAAUAAAAUGGAAAGACUUCUGUUGGAGAUAGAGAAGAUAGCUGGAAAAAUCUUCCAAGUCCUAAAGGAGCACACCAUGAGAAACCCAAUAUGUGAAAAUGGCACAACAGAAGGUCAAGAAAUUGCCAACUCCAUCUGCUAUCUCUACAAGCAUUGCCCCAACAUCAAUGGCGAUGAGUCGGCCAACUCACUGAAAUAUGAUGUGAUCAGAAUGCUGGUGAGGGGAUCAGAUUACUCUCAUGCACUCUGUUUGCACCUCUGUGAUGGAUCCUCGGAGUUUCAUGUUUAUUCCAAGAAAGGGUGGGUGUCUUUUUGCCCGGAUAAAGAUGCCAUAGUCAUCACAAUUGGAGAUCAAAUCCAGGCAUGGAGUGGUGGGAAGUACAAGCAUGUGAUAGGAAGGCCAAUCUUCAAAGGAGAAGCUGAAGAAGACAGUUGUAUCUCUAUGGCUUUCCUCUGUUCUCCCCAAAACGUCACCAAUAGUUUGAAAACAAAUAAAGGGAAAAAACCCAUAUCACUUGGCCUACAAGCCUUGGUGGCAAUACUUUUCACUCUUCUUUACCAUUUUUGGGUUUAUUUCACUUGAUCCUCCAAGCCAUUACUUGGUCAAAACAAGCUUUCAAUGGUUUUUUUGCCCCCCAACAAAUUAGUAUCCAAAGGGUGUGAUUUUUUUGAAGAGGGUGAAGAUAGGGAAAGUGCUUCACCAUGCCAAUGGAGUAUAGUGUUAAGGGUUUGCGGUAUCCCUCAUUUUCUUCGCAACAAAUAUUUAUAGAACGAAAAAAUUACGUUGUCUCCUUUGUCGUCACGAGGGGAUUAAUGCUUUCGAAUAUGUACAUGAGUGUGAUUAAACGUGUUUGUCAAAUGCUAUUUUUUCCCAUAUAAACGAUGUAAUUUACGACAUCGAUGGUUGAGAUCGCGGGUUCAAUUUUCCAUGAUAGUUGAAGCUUUUCAGAGA